UGCUCGCGGCGCAAGCACGGCACGCGCUGUUCCAUUCUAAGAAGCUGCUACGCUGGUCGCAUGGUUAUGCAGGCAAUGUCUGACCCUGCUUCGCUCAACCUGCAGCAGCUUCUGCAUCUUGCACAGGCCAUCUGUCACACAGCAGCCAUCACCAUCGAGCCCGCUGAAGCAGCAGCCGAGUUUUGCUACCAGGUUGCUUUGGUGAGCGACAGUGUGUUCCUGGAGGGCCUGUUGAACAGCUACCGCGAGUUCUUCGAGAAGCGAGAGGAACUGAUGGGCCUGGUCGAGGCGACGAAAAGGACGCCCUACGUCUCCUCCUUGGCCGAGCUCCUGGCGGCAUGUGAGUCAUCGGACGGCGCCGGCGCCGAUGCAGCCAGUGACACUGUCAAGGACGUCCCUGUGCGCUGGACGCCCUACGUCUCCUUCUUGGCCGAGCUGCUGGUGGCAUUCGAGCCAUCGGACGGCGCCGAUGCAGCCUGUGACACUGUCGACACCAGAGAUGGCAAGAGGCCGAAUGACAUCUGGAGGAGUACUGUCGUCUGGGUAUGUCGCCUGGUUAUGCAGACAAUGUCUGACCCUGCUUCACUCAACCUGCAGCAGCUUCUGCAUCUUGCACAGGCCAUCUGUCACACAGCAGCCAUCACCAUCGAGCCCGCUGAAGCAGCAGCCGAGUUUUGCUACCAGGUUGCUUUGGUGAGCGACAGUGUGUUCCUGGAGGGCCUGUUGAACAGCUACCGCGAGUUGUUCGAGAAGCGAGAGGAACUGAUGGGCCUGGUCGAGGCGACGAAAAGGACACCCUACGUCUCCUCCUUGGCCGAGCUCCUGGCGGCAUGUGAGUCAUCGGACGGCGCCGGCGCCGAUGCAGCCAGUGACACUGUCAAGGACGUCCCUGUGCGCUGGACGCCCUACGUCUCCUUCUUGGCCGAGCUGCUGGUGGCAUUCGAUCCAUCGGACGGCGCCGAUGCAGCCUGUGACACUGUCGACACCAGAGAUGGCAAGAGGCCGAAUGACAUCUGGAGGAGUACUGUCGUCUGGGCCAUCUGUCACACAGCAGCCAUCACCAUCGAGCCCGCUGAAGCAGCAGCCGAGUUUUGCUACCAGGUUGCUUUGGUGAGCGACAGUGUGUUCCUGGAGGGCCUGUUGAACAGCUACCGCGAGUUGUUCGAGAAGCGAGAGGAACUGAUGGGCCUGGUCGAGGCGACGAAAAGGACACCCUACGUCUCCUCCUUGGCCGAGCUCCUGGCGGCAUGUGAGUCAUCGGACGGCACCGGCGCCGAUGCAGCCAGUGACACUGUCAAGGACGUUCCUGUGCGCUGGACGCCCUACGUCUCCUUCUUGGCCGAGUUCCUGGCGGCAUGCGAGUCAUCGAACGGCACCGGCACCGAUGCAGCCAGUGACACUGUCGACGCCAAAGAUGGCAAGAGGCCGAAUGGUAUCUGGAGGAGUACUGUCGUCUGGUUUUGUCGCCUGGUUAUGCAGGCAAUGUCUGACCCUGCUUCACUCAACCUGCAGCAGCUUCUGCAUCUUGCACAGGCCAUCUGUCACACAGCAGCCAUCACCAUCGAGCCCGCUGAAGCAGCAGCCGAGUUUUGCUACCAGGUUGCUUUGGUGAGCGACAGUGUGUUCCUGGAGGGCCUGUUGAACAGCUACCGCGAGUUGUUCGAGCAAGCGAGAGGAACUGAUGGGCCUGGUCGAGGCGACGAAAAGGACACCCUACGUCUCCUCCUUGGCCGAGCUCCUGGCGGCAUGUGAGUCAUCGGACGGCGCCGGCGCCGAUGCAGCCAGUGACACUGUCAAGGACGUUCCUGUGCGCUGGACGCCCUACGUCUCCUUCUUGGCCGAGUUCCUGGCGGCAUGCGAGUCAUCGAACGGCACCGGCACCGAUGCAGCCAGUGACACUGUC